AUGGCCCGCCAAAAGGCAUCCUGGGUUCGCUUUACCAAAUCAUGGAAUGAGUCUUGGAGCAAGGAUGAUUCUGCCGCCUCUUCAAUCGAUGAAGAGUCGACUUACAGCCUACUAUCAGGAGACGCCCUCCGACAGCAGGACUCUGCGAGACAGAAUUGGCCCCUGGUUAUCUCUGUGGCUGUAAAUGUCAUACUUGUGCUUGGAAUUACACUUCUGGCUCUUCGGAAACAAAGCGACCCUGCGCUUCGGAUAUAUUCUCCUGUGAAUCAUCUGGUGGAGUAUCAUGUCACGAACAUUUCGACCGGAUUUAUGACCAAGACUCCAUACAUGGGAUUUCCGAACGACGAGAUUGAUAAAAUGUGGGAAGAUCUCUAUCAGUACGGUGACAGUGCCAUAACAAAGGAGGAGGCGAGCCGGCUGGCGCUCCCCACUAUCAACGAGAGAGGAACCGAUAGAUAUCUCGUGCAGCUAGAGGUCUUCCACCAGCUUCACUGUCUUAACGAUAUUCGAAAGGCAUUCUAUCCCGAACGAUGGCCCAAGAAGUGGGAAUACAAUGAAGACGGCACUGUCAACCGAAAUACCAUGCAGUUCCGUCACUGGGAUCACUGCAUCGAUAUCCUUAGGAGCACGCUCAUGUGCAACGCAGAUGUCUCGCCCAUCACUUGGCGCCUCAAUCUACCUGUCGGCGCCGUGCUCGCUCCAAAUCUCGAAACAACACAUACCUGCCGUAACUUUUCCAAAAUCGUCGAGUGGGCUCGAGCACACGAGGCCACAGACCUGCGACAAGAAGUCACACAGGAAGAGAGGCAGGAUAUCAUCGACAACCCACCCUUUGACCAGACCGCAUGGGAAGACCUUUCUGGUUUCUGGGCCGCUUUCCCUGGCAACACAUACUUCAAACAGUGGCAGCCUGGAUGGAACGAGACAGUGGAGGGGCGUGCUUUUUGGCAUCAGUGGAGAAUUGACCAGGCCAGGAAGCAUGAAGAGCUCCCCGAUUUCAUUGAGCCGCAUGGUCAUUAG